UAUUUAUCGUCGAUGACCGCGGAUUGAAAAAUAACUUCCAAGAUGCACGAAGGAUAGAAUAAUCUGGAUGUUGGGAUGAUAUUUUGAAUAAGUAAAUUCUAAACCAAUCAGAAUGCGUGUUUCGAUGCUGGACAAGAACGAACGCAAGCGCACAUGGUGGAACCUGUUUGAGCUUAGCAAGCACGAGACGCACGAGGAAAAUUCUGUACGAGACUACGAGGCGAACAAGGAAAAACGAAGGCAAAAAGCGAGGACAGAAUGGACAAAAGCAAAGUCUUAAACGUGUGGAGUUCUUCAGUGGACAGCUAUACCCCACAUAAGCAACAACCAUCUGCCCCAAGCAAGGCUAGCAAAAACGAAAAAAGCAUCGCAGUCAAAGUGAAUUGCAUGUCUUUCUGCCCAUUUGAAGAGUUUGGAAAUUUUGUCGUUCUUGGAUAUUCUUCUGGGAAAAUUGCAUUGGCUGAAAUUGGGACUUUUGGAGUCACCGUUGGAGAAGAGCAAAGCACUGAGCAGCAAGAAGUUGGAGCUGUGGCUUGGACAAAGAGUAUUCAGGGACAAAUCUUAGCUGUCUCGACGGAGAGAGAGGAUACUUUAGUGCUUUGGCGAGUGAAAUUUGACAGACGAGCUCUUAGAAUUCACAUGCGACUUCUGGAUGUCGCAUUUGAUUGUGGAAGAGAGGUCCGUCUUUGCUGUUUAGCCACUCUACCUGCAGUGCCAAAUCUGGUUGCGACUGCUGGGCAGAGUGGUAUAAUUUAUGUAUACCACAAAAAUUACAUCUUCCCAUCAUUUAAAAUCAAUAAGGCUCAUGCUUUGAAAGCGCACACGUCUGGAAAAUCUUUAGCAAAGUCAUUAGGAAUUUGCAGUCUUAUUUUUAUGGAUAGCACAACUCUUAUUUCUGCUGGAGUUGAUGACAUGAAAGUUAAAUUCUGGAAAAUUGAUUAUACUUACGUUGGAGAUGGCGAGAAAAAUUUGCCCAUGACAAAUAUGCUGAAAAUGAGUGCAACUAUCUGCAGCAUUGCUUUGAACAAUACAAAUGGUCUCUUUGUGAGUUGCCUGGACAACAAAAUCUAUAUGUAUGACUUGAGCAACUUCCUGCAAAAACACUUGCAAACCUUUACUGGAUACGUCGCUGGAAAAUUUUCCUCAAUUUCCAUCAGCCCUUGCGGUUCAUACCUGGCUUCAGGCUGUGCCCAGGACAAUUGCAUUUUCAUCUGGGAAACUGCCACGAAGCCCCAUGAAAAUCCCCCCGACAUUUCUCCGGUGUUGAAGCUAAAAGGUCAUAAGAGCAGCGUCCAGUUGGUUGAUUGGUACAGAGCUAAAAAUGAUUCAAACGUCUUUAAGCUCAUUUCAGCCUCAAAGGAUGGUGAUAUGCGUAGUUGGAGAGCUAACACGGAUGGUGUGAAGGAAAAACUUAUUAAAGGACAGGGCUGCAUGGAGAUCCUGGACGCUGAUUAUAGGGAAAGAUUGACAGGAGAAUCAUCAAAAGGGUGUGCUUUCCCACAGAAAAACAAUCAAGAUGCUCUUGGAGAAGAGGCAGAGGUGGCUCCUGAUGCUGGUGAUCAGAAAAUAGAAAGGCAAAGUGUUACAGAAAGUGCUCAAAGAGCUGGCGAAGUGGAGGAAAAAUCUGAUGAAAGCAGUGGCAACGAGGAUGAAACACUGCCAGAUGAUGUUUGGAACAAACUUUCCUUAAUGUACUGAAAAGGCUGCGAUUCAUAUUUUAUCAGUUUUGCCUUUUGCUGAAAUUAUCGAUCAUAUAUAAUAAAUAUUAUAUGUGCUCGGAGAGGUUUAAAAUUUAAUAAAUCAAUUUUGGCUAAAAGAACUCUG